CAACCCGCCUAGGCCCUUGGACUCCGAAAUCCCAUCCUCUUCCUCCACGCCGCCCAAAAACCCUACAGAAAGAAACCCUAAAUCCUCGAGAAGGCAAAACCCCAUAGUUUUCCUCCGCCGCCCCAGGAAAACCCUAAACCCUCACCCGAGACUGCUGCGAGAGCGCGAUGCGGCCGCUGGACGAGAAGGAGACGGCGGCGGUGUUCGAGAAGCUCUUCAAGUUCACUGGUCCCAAUCUCAAACACAUCGUGGAGCGCCCCGCCGUGGAAGGCCCCGACGAUCCCCCGGGCCGCUACUGCUUCCGCCUCCACAAGAACCGCGUGUACUACGCCAGUGAAUCCCUCGUCCGCCGCUCUACAAACGUCUCCCGCGCCCGCCUCGCCGGCAUCGGCACCUGUAUCGGCAAGUUCACCCACCACGGCUCUUUCCGCCUCACCGUCCAAGCCCUCGAUCUCCUCGCCGCCCACGCCCGCCACAAGGUCUGGCUCAAGCCCACCGCCGAGAUGUCCUUCCUCUAUGGCAACUCCGUCCUUAAGUCCGGCCUCGGACGCAUCACCGACAACGUCAAGUCCGGCGACGGCGUCGUCGUCUUCUCCAUGACUGACGUCCCGCUCGGGUUCGGCGUCGCGGCCCGGUCCACGCAGGACUGCCGCAAGGCACACGCGGAUGCUAUUGUUGUCAACCACCAGGCUGAUGCCGGGGAGUAUCUCCGCAAUGAGGCUGAACUAUGAUUGAUCCAUGGAGCUCGUGUUCGUUCCCAAAGAUAAUGCUGGCACCAAGCAACAAAGAUCACCAUCCUGUUACACCUAUCUUGCGACCGUACACGUAAUGCAUUUUUCCAGCAAGAUAUGUUCUUUUAAUUAAAACUAUCACAGGAGGAAGUUCUAGGCAUGAAAAAACAAAAAAGAUCAGCGUUCCAAUAUAUGUUUUACCCUUUUACCUCGUUUCUAUUUCUGUACUGCAACAAUCAACUAAAUGUUAUUGAACUUUGAGAAGAAACAGUUGCUGCACUAAUGGUGUUACCCAGCAAGUGGUGGUUUAUCAGCUUUAAAAAUAGUCCAAAAAAGUAUCUCCCUUCUUGAGCAAUCUAUAGCAUGUAUCUGUGUUUCUCCACCCCACUGGAAGGGGUACCUAGUCAUGUAGAAUUAUGCAAUCAAGGAUUUUUUUGGUACU